AUGUCGACCCCAGAAGACAAGAAGCCUUCCGGCGGAGACUCAUCCGUACACAUCAAUCUCAAAGUGCAAAGACAGGAAGGAACUGAUGUGUUCUUCAGGAUCAAGAGAAACACACAACUUAAGAAGCUUAUGAAGGCUUACUGUGAUAAUGAAUCACUGAAUAUCGACCUCAUUGCUUUUUUAUUUGAUGGCCGUCCUCUCCGUGGGGAGCAGACUCCAGAUGAGCUCGAAAUGGAAGAUGGUGAUGAGAUAGAUGCAAUGCUGCACCAGAUCGGAGGUUUUACUGCUUGCCAAGAAUUCAAGAAUAUUGUUUGAAAGUGCACUGCUUUUAUGUAAUAUAUAUUUGAUCUGUUGAGAAUUAUUGAAAUCUGAUUUUCUUGAUACUUGGUGACUUAGUCUUAGUAGGUUUUGUGUGGUGUUUGUGCCUUUGUGGGGAUGCUGUGUGAUUGUUAUGGUUGUGGCAUUGAUCAUUUUGGAUUUAUUGGUGUGCUUCAAUUGUCUGCUUUUUUGGGUUGAUGGUGAAGAUUUUCUGAUUUUGUCUGCAUUUUUGUUCUUUGCUUCUUC